AUGGGGUUCCCAUCGCGCUGGCGCCGAGGGAGUCACGAGCUGUGGCGGUGCCCGCGGGGGUGGUCGGGCUGGCUGUGGGGCCGCACACUCUGCGCGGCGGAUGCCGCCAUGCCCGCCACGCUGGCCAAGUUCACGCUCGACGGUAGCGGCGGGCUCGACUUCUUCGACGUCAGCCUCGUGGACGGCUACAACCUGCCCAUGGCGGGCGCGGCGAGGUGCGUGGCGGAGCUGAAUGCGGCGUGCCCCGCGUACCUGCGCGUGGGCGGCGGCGUGGCGUGCCGGAGCGCGUGA